UACAAUCUGCUUCUGUAAGAAAUCUCAGAAAGAAAUUCAACCAUGAGGAUUACAUGUUCAGCCUUCCUGCUCUUAAUCCAAACAUUACAGUGUUUGGGUUUAGAUGAUUCCCCAUUUCAACUUAGCAACAAGGCCACUGGGUUUUGUUUGGUUAAAACAAAUAACUUCUGCAAUGAAAUUCGGUGGACAACUGGUGACCGACUUCUGGUUCACCAAAGGAAGAAGUGCCUGGGCGUCCAAGGGAAAAGUGUUGGAAGUGAAAUAAGCCUUUACGAUUGUGAUGAAAACAGUGAACUCCAAAAGUGGGAAUGCAAGAAUGGAACCGUGCUGGCUCUUAGAGAUCAAGAGCUUUACAUUGAGCUUACUGCAGAUAACACAGCCGUUCUCUCCAGAACUGUUGGGUCCAAAAGCUACCUCACCAUUUCAGGGGGGUCCAGUGGGGCCUGCACAAGAACAUACAGAGAACUUUAUUCCAUUGGUGGGAAUGCAGCUGGGAUGCCUUGCAUGUUUCCCUUCCAGUACAAAGACCAGUGGUACUCCGACUGCACUACGACUGACUCACCAGGAAAUCAGCUCUGGUGUGCAGUGGAAACAAAAUAUCAAAGUGAACGCUGGGGCUACUGUCCGGUUACAUCCAAAGGAUACUGGAAUAUACACCCAACAACAGGAGCAUACUACCAGCUCAACACUCAGUCAGCUCUAACUUGGCCCCAGGCUGAGACCAGCUGCCAACAGCAGGGUGCCUCCCUGCUCAGUAUCACUGAUCCUCAUGAGCAGGCCUAUGUCACAGCACUACUAGGUUCUGGGGGUAAUAAGCUGUGGACUGGACUUAUCCUGGAUCCCGGACACGGCUGGAAGUGGUCUAAUGGAAGGCCUUACCGCUAUAUGAAAUGGGACUCAGGACAUCCGCUUCCUGAUCCUGGACACAACUGUGCAAUGGUUGCUCCUGCUGUACGGUACUCCUGGCAAAGUUUCCCUUGCAGCAGGAAACUAGGGUACAUCUGCUACAGCAAAGCGAGUGAGGUACUGCCUACGAAAGCUGUAGAAACUGGAUUUUGUUCAAGACCUUGGAUUCCCUACAAUGGCCACUGCUUCUACCUCAAUCGUACUGAGAAAACGUGGCCUGAAGCUCAGAGGGAUUGUCGUUUCAGAGGAGGAGACCUUGUCAGCAUCCACAGUGUGGAAGACCAAAGCUUUGUCAUCUCUCAACUUGGAUUUGCUUCCACUGAUGAGCUUUGGAUUGGACUGAAUGACAGGAAGACAGAGAAGCUGUUUGAUUGGGUUGAUCACUCUACUGUCAGUUUUACCAGCUGGGAGUUUGGGGAACCUGCUGUCUCCACUGAUAUAAACGACUGUGUUCUCAUCAGGGGGGAGACUGGGAACUGGGCUGACCGUGUGUGUGAGGAGAGACAUGGCUUCAUUUGCAUGAAGUUGAGUUCCACAAGGGCCACUGAAGAUGAAGUUGUGAUGGAUGAAGGCUGCAGAACUGGAUGGAGAAGACAUGGAUGGUAUUGUUACUUUAUAGGAACACAGUCAAAAACUUUUGAUGAGGCUGUGGCUGACUGCAAGAGUUACAAUUCUUAUUUAGCUGAUGUUUCAAAUGGGGUGGACAAUGCAUUCCUUGUCAGUUUGUUAGGGUGGAGACCAGAGAAGCACUUUUGGCUCGGGCUCUCAAACCAGAAAAAUAUCGAUGAAUUUGUGUGGACCAACACAGACGCCGUGAGAUUUACAUACUGGAAUGCUCAUAUGCCUGGUAGUGGACAAGGCUGUGUUGCCAUGACAAGUGGAAUUUUUGCUGGUCUCUGGGAUCUGCUGCCCUGCACCAAAAGUGAGAAAUACAUCUGCAAACACCUGGCAGAGGGAGCCGUUAUAACCCCUGCACCACCCAUUCUUACCACUCCUUCCAAAUGUCCCCCUGGGUGGACUCUAUUGCGAACAAGAAACUACUGUUAUAAGGCAUUUCGAGACUCCUCAGCUGGAAGGACUUGGUAUGAGGCCAGAGAUUACUGCAAAGCCAUUGGAGGGGACCUGCUCAGCAUCCACAGCGAGCUUGAGCUAUUGUCGAUAAAUAGGUACUGUAUGACCUUGCAUUUUAAAAAUUAA